GGCCCACGCAGCCCCCUAAAUUGUUUGGAAUAGCAUCUAUGUUCAGACCGAGUAUUCUUUUGUUUCUCAGAUGAAAGUAUCCUUUGAUUUCUCAGCUGGAUAAGAGUAUAUUACGCUGGGAUCAUCCGCCUCUCUUCUUGUAGUGCGUCCAUGAUUCUGCAAUCCAGUGAUGUGUCCAGUCAUAUCGUCUGAGGUAUACGAACCUGGUCAACAAUAGCUGAGCCCACGCAUCAGAGCCGUAAUUAAGGGUACAUCGAGAGGAUCCCCCGUUGACCUCACUGGAGUAUAACAGUCAUGAAUUGAAAGAAGCAGGAAGAUGGCUCCCAAUAAUGAUUGCACGGUUGUGAAAGUCGAAAUAAAUGAAUCAAUGCCAAAUGGGAUUACAACAGACCCUAUGUCCGAGCCUUGUUCCAUAUGUUUGGAUAUCUUCCACCACAAGAGGCUUGAGAUCUGGUACAAUAUAUAUGAUUACAUACAGCCUGAAAUCCCAGGUUUGACUCUGGAAGACUGCAAAUUUUUAUUUCACAGGUGCCCUCCACCUCUUCCUGAAUAUGAAGUUAAUCUUUGCACGUUCUGUGCACACCUUAGGCUUGAGUGUUUGGUAGAGACUUCAUUGUAUGACCUGCACAUAUCCCGAUCUCGGAUGCCAAAGGCAAGCCUCGGCAAUAAACCUGGUGGUUAUUUAAAAGUUCUGCUGGAUCGGGUCUCAGACACAGUGGCCCGAAAGAACAGCUGCUCCUUAUGUGCACUUAUUGCAGCAGUGUUUACUGGUCGGAAUAGUGUCGACCCAAGCCAACAUGCCGUUCUCGAGAUAACUCCAUACACGAUGAGCAAGAUCACAUUCCGAGCAAGAGAUAAGAGUGGUGAUGAGACAUACGGCAUAUCUCUCCAUGGCAACCACUAUUCUGAUAAAAUCAAGAACCCAGGCUCCAUGCUCGACUGCAGCGUGAGCAGCCACAUUGAUUGGCCAGCCGUUACGCAAUGGAUUACAGAAAGUCUGGACGGCGUCAAGAAAAAGCCCCAAAGCUACGAGUUGAAUAAGCCUCCGGAUGAGUUCCGUGUGAUUGAUGUCCAGGAGCUUCGCGUUGUUCUGGCACCAACACCCUGUGAAUAUAUGUGUCUCAGUUAUGUUUGGGGGCGAACCACUUCAUUCCAUGCGACCAGUCGAAAUAUCUCCCGUUUAGAACGACCAAAUAGUCUGGCAAAUCCCCACCUACCGCGAACCAUACGAGACGCCAUCAAAGCUUGCGCCCUUCUUGGCGGAAAAUACCUUUGGGUUGAUAGACUUUGCAUCUUACAAGAUGAUGAUAGUCCGUCCAAGAAAGUCCAGAUAGAUGCUAUGGGUGACAUCUAUAAAGGUACUCUCCUGACUCUAGUAGCUCUGGAGGGCACAGACUCAGACUAUGGCCUACAUGGCGUGUCUCCUGACUUGGAGAGGACAAUAAACUAUCGACUGCAAAUCGGGGGCAAGGAAUUUUUCAAGUACCCUACGAGUCUCUAUCAGUCUUGUGAUAACUCGACGUGGGAUACCCGCGGCUGGACCUUUCAAGAGAGGAUACUAUCUCCUCGGCUGCUUUUCUUUACAGCCAAUUCCAUUUAUUACGAAAGCGACACUCAGAAUGAAAUCUACGACCCAAUAUACGACCAGGCAGGUUCUAGUUAUGAAGAGAUGGUUUCCGAGAUUCAAUACAGAAACUUUGGCAUUGAGGAGGAUAUCGUCAACGGUUUUGCUGGUGCGCUGGAAGAAUUCGUGGGGAAAGGGAACCAUCGGUUUUCGAUGUCGUUGGUACAUUUCGAUGAGGCAAUUACAUGGAACCGUACAGGUAGCUCUCCAGCGGUCCUGUGCGCAACACGAGGCAGCACCGUAUUUCCCUCAUGGUCCUGGGUGUCGAUCAGAGGAUUUGUAUGGUUUGUGGAUGGGCUUAACGCCGUUCCUGUGGCAUCCUGGGCUGUCAUUGAUGGUAUGGCAAGUGAGUUUCGGUGGUUGAAGGCUGGUGACGAGAAUCACCUGCAUGAGGACGCGAUUGCGGUGGGGACGCUUCUGUGGAGCCAUGACUGUUUGAGAACACCGAUUCCGCUUGAUCUCAAAACUUCGUCCGGCUAUGAUGUGUACCUGGAACUUUUCAGGCAAAAAUUCCCAACGCAAGGGGUCUUCAACGCGGCUUCUGGCGUUUGGCCAGGCGGGCAACAAGGAUUCCCAGAUUUGCGUGAAAGAUUCACCCAACAGCAGAUAGAGGCCGGUAGGCAGUCUUUAUCUAUCUUGGCUCAUUCGCAGACAAUCGUGCUGGCCUUGAUCCCACCAAGACGCCGAGACGAUAAAUGGGGACUCCACUACCAAGGCCAGGAUGUCGGCACCAUGGCGUUUGAUUUAAGAGCGAAACAUGACGAAGCACUGAGACAUACGAAUCUGGACAACGAACCACAAAAAAUGGAGUUUCUGGCUCUCUCAGUUUCAUGGGUAUUCGCAGAACCAGAAGAGAAUUACUGGUACAAAAACCCAGUCGACGAACUCGAUGACACAGGAAACUUCAAAGCCACAAAUCUUGGUUAUUACUUGGAAAAAGACAAAAGGUCCAGGCUGGAGGACUUUUCCAUGAGCGUGAUGGCCAUUGAAACAACUGAUGAUGGGAUUUCGCGUCGAUUGGGCUUCGGUAGGAUUUCUUUCAUAAAAUGGCUGACAAUUCUGAAUCCUACAUUCAAAUCGAUUGUUCUUCAAUGA